AGCUGUUUCAGCUGCCUAGCCCUGGCGACCCUUUGCGUCCUCAAUGGAACGCGAAGGAUGCAGCCAGACAGCGGCUUUUUCGGCUAUGGCGAUGAAGAGCAGUACCUCAAGCCGCCACCCCCCUCGCCUCCGGAUUUGCCGGAGGUGAAGGAUCCAUGGGUGCGCGAGUGGAAAAGAGCCUGUGACGAGAACAGGCCGUGGCUCCAGUUGGGCUUCACCGCCGAGAGUGGUCACUAUCCUUGGUGUUCGCUGUGUGGCAAGUGGGCGGGCGAGGAGCAUUUGAACUCCAAGAAGUGUCAUCAAAGGCGCGAGGCCCACAAUAUCUCCUUGAGCAGACAUCUUCAAGAUCUAAUUGAAAAAGACGGCUUUGCGACAGGAUAUUCAGAGUCCCGGAGGCGGAGGGAGGUCACUGAGCCAGAGCCGGUGCCCGCACCGGCACCGGUGAGUGUGGUUCCUCGGUCCACCUGGCGGCGGCGGAGGUGUUUGAAUUCAUACUGCACCUACCUCGCCCAUCAACAACUCAGUGAGUUUGAAGGGUACUGCUGCAAAGCAUGCCACAAGUGGGAGAAGGAGGGCUACAAGAAGAAAACCAAUCAUGGCAUUCGCUGCCAACGCGAGCAAGCGCCUGAGAGCUUUCCAGCUGCACCAGGUCCACCUGAAGGUGGAAACUGGGCACAAGCAGCACAAGCAGCUUUGCGGCCACAAGGAGAACUCCCCGUCGCGACGCAGCGAGACCCGGAGACCUGGAGGUGUCCGGAGCCGAGUCCUCGGCGUUACCCUGAGCCAGAAGAUGAACCCGAUGACAACCAGGAGCUGCCGUACAGCACGGUUGGUCGACUAGCCUUCGAGACCCAGUUCCACAUUUGGGAAAUCUCGGUCACUGAGGGAGUGGAUGCGUCAGCACGCCAAGUUCAUGUGCAAAAGCCAGGUAAGAUUCACGGAGACAACCUGGUGAUAGUACCUAGCAACAAUGGAGAGGCUCUCCGCAUGCAAGUGCAAGAGGAGCAGAACCUUUGGAUCACUAUUGCGGAGCGGAAUGCUAGGUGGGAGACGGAGGUGACGAGUCCCUUUCACGCUCCCCGAAACGAGUGGGGUGCGACCUUCGCGUCGGCCAAAAUUCUCGAAGAGGACUGGCGGCAUGCGGAUGACCAGUUGGUACGUGCCGACAAGAAAUAUGCAGUGUUCGAGGAAAUCCAAACUCACCUGCGUGAUGCCCUACAUGAUGGAGUCUAUGAAACCAAGAAGGAGGAUUUGGAUGCCGCAGUCGCCCACCGAGAUGAAUGCCGAUAUGACGCCAUGAUUGCUUAUCGCGCCUUCGAAGAGCACGCUGCCACUGCCAGACGCAACACUUACAACUGGCAUGGUGGUCGUCGGCGGAUCGAUGCGGUGCAAUUGGCGCGACAGCGCAUGGAGCAACUAGAAGAGGGUAACAAGCUGAACAUGGACCUUGAAAUGAAAGUUUUGGCGGAACAACAUUUCAAGGUGGUUCACUCAGAACGACCGAAGAAGAUGAGCAAGGACAAUAAGAUCAAGGUGGUUGUGUACAGGAACAAGAUGCGAUCCGCUGAUACGGAGUGGCUGAAUCAGCGGGAUCUUGGGCAAGCGCCCGGAGAAGCAGAAGAGGACCUCCGCCGCACUCGAGAUCGCCAUCGAGCACAAGAAAAAGCCGAGACCCGAAUUUAUUUCGAGAAGAUGGCACGGCUUUGCGCUCUUGCUCACCAGUUGGCGCCGGAGAUGCUGCCCGAGCUGCGGAAACAUACCGACAAGUCGCUGGAGACUAGCUUGAGAAAGCUGAAGCCACAAGAUCAGAUUGAAGUUCUCAAAGUCUUGGACCACAACAUCAGCAUUUCUCAUUAUGAUCCAGAGCAGCUUUCUCAAGCAACGCCUCUUUCCGGUUCGGGAGCGCGGCAUGCCGUCUAUGAGAUGAGGUAUGAGGGCAGCCCAUGCGUGGUGAAGGUUUUCGAUCUGCACACUCACAGAGGAUUACCUGGUUUCAUCCAGGAAGUGAUGCUCCAUGUGAGGCUCCGACAUCCCUUGGUUGUUCCACUGCGCAGAGCCUUCAUUGACCACAAGGAGCAUCGUGGCUUCCUACAAUUUGAUCGCUACGACUGCAAUCUCGGAGAACACUUGUCAAGGAUCAGCCGCCCCCAGCGCGUGCCGCACCGUUUUGGUGAGCCGGCGACGGUGGGGGUGGUGGACCAAAUGCCGCGGCGCAUUGCACACCUCAUGAUCCAAUCCAUUGCGCAUGUCCACUCGCAUGGCAUCGUGCAUGGAGAUUUGAAGCCCAGCAACUGGCUGUACGAUGGAAAGAACAAAGUCCCGAUCCUGUGCGAUUUCGAGACUGCCAGGGACCAUGACGUGGGUGUCACGGUGACCUCGAAGAUCCAAAGCCAGGGCUUUCAAGCGCCAGAGCUUCAGGACCCCUCGGCUCGACCGACCCUAGAAUCUGAUGUGUUCGCGUUGGGACGCAGCAUCCAGAACGUCCUCAGCUGCGUGCCCGAGUCCAGGCCUUCGGAGAAGAGCGAGCUGCACAGCUUCGUCAGCAAGAUGGUUUGCCAAAAUCCCAUGGAGCGCAUCGCAGCAAAAGACGCCGCCCAAGCUUGGUGGCAGGAAAUGCUUAGCUGCACCUCUGAUGGCUAUGAGCACAUUGUAAGGGCCGACGAAGUCCUGUACACGCAGGCUGAGUGCAGCCCGCACUUCAAGGACAAGAGAUCGCUGCAACAGCUCAUCGAUGCUAUCAUGAAAGAUCCAGAAUACCCCUUGAAGGAUGACCGCUUGAUCAUUGAUGUGGUGAAGAAAGGCUCAGCCCUCUUGAGCGUGGACAAUCGCCGGCUGUACUGCUUUCAUCAAGCUCAACGCCAGCUGCGGAAUACAACUGUUUGGAUCAAGAUCAGAGAACAUCCGCACAGCAUGGUCCAGGAGCGCUUUGUGCGCCAUUUCGAAACCACAAAUGGUGGCAAGUCUAUCCUUGUGCGCAUGCCUAAAAUGUGGACAGGCGAUUGGCAGCCCGGCCAAAACCUGCGGUAGCUCCGAGACUCGAAGGGCCCGAAGGGUAUGUCUACACAGACAUACCAAUAGCGCAAAUAGACUGGCACAAGGCCAGGUCGAAGCGGAGGCUGGAAGCCGCCUACAUGAUAGAUAUGGAAGCAGCAGGCUGUCGGUGAAUGCAUUCAUUGAUUCGGUGUGUAGAAAGGACUUGGAGCGCCAGCCGAAUGCCGGCACGGGCAAUAACCUGC